UUGUUCGGGAGAUGCGACGAGUCUGCAGUCGUCAUUUUCUCCAUUACAGUGUUGAAUCUUGUCGCAAUGCAAACCAAUGUUGUGUGUUUUUUCCAAAUGUGUUUCUGACGCUCUGGAUUAUGGCUGAGUCGAGGGGGAUUUAUUGCCUGUUGUGGAUAUGUGGCGUUUCACUGUGCUUCGUUUGGGGUGUAGUGGAUGGACAGAUUGUAUAUGCUGUUACUGAGGAAACAAGCGCAGGAACUGGUGUUGGAAAUCUAGCAAAGGAUUUAAAUCUGAAUGUGCACGACCUUGGACAGAGAGGAUUCGAAAUCACCCCGGGACCAAAUAAAAGGUAUUUUGGCAUAAAUUUGAAGACGGGGAUUCUACACAUUAAAGAAAGGAUAGACAGAGAAGAGCUGUGUGGGCAAGACGCGAAAUGUUCGCUGGAAUUAGAGGCCAUUGUUAACUCGCCUUUGAAUAUGUUUCGGUUUGAAGUGAACGUUGUAGAUAUAAACGAUAAUACACCGACGUUUCCAUCAUCGAAAACAGAAAUAAAUAUUUCAGAGUUGGCUUUUCCAGGAGAGAGAUUUCCAUUGCCGAGCGCGUUUGACGCGGAUGUGGGCAGUAACUCGAUAAAAAGCUACAAGCUGAGCCCGAAUGAACACUUCUCUCUGGAUGUGCAGAGCGGAGGAGAGCAAAGUGUUUCUGCUGAGUUGGUGCUGCAGAGAGCUUUAGAUCGAGAGAAACAGCCUGUGGUCCAGCUCAUACUGACCGCAGUAGACGGAGGGAAACCUCCCAGAUCUGGUACGAUGCAGAUAAUAGUUAAUGUUGAAGACGUGAAUGACAACGUUCCAGUGUGUAAUAAAACUCUUUACAAAGCUCGCGUGACAGAAAACUCUUCACCUGGCACGCCCGUUAUCAUAGUCCGUGCUACAGACUUGGACGAGGGCCAAAAUGGCGAGAUAGUCUAUUCUUUUGUUAAUCAUAACAAUAACAAACAGGUUCAAGCAUUUUCAAUUGACCCAGACACUGGACUCAUUACAGUACAUGGUGUUAUCGAUUUUGAGACGCAGAAUGCAAUUGAAAUUCGAGUUCAGGCUAAAGAUAAAGGACAUAAACCCAGAGCAGCACUAUGCAAAGUUUUGGUAGAAAUCACUGACAUUAACGAUAAUGUUCCUGAUAUUUCUGUUAAUUCUUUAGUGGACACGGUGAAAGAGGAUGCUCCUACUGGUACAAUGGUAGGAUUGAUAACAGUAAAAGAUGGAGAUGCUGGUAAAAAUGGUGCUGUGAUACUUAAAAUUGCAGAUGCUGUACCAUUUAAGAUACAGAACACCUACAAAAAUAAAUAUUCAUUAGUAGUCGAUGGCCCUCUAGACAGAGAAAGUAAGUCUCAGUAUAACAUAAUUAUCACAGCAACGGAUGAAGGGACCCCACCUCUCUCCAGUUCCACGGUAAUUACUGUGCAAGUUUCUGAUGUAAAUGAUAACCCGCCCCGCUUUCCAGAGCCCGUCAUUAAUGUUUAUGUGAAAGAAAACAGUCAGAUAGGAGCUGUAAUUCAUACAGUAUCUGCUUUUGAUCCUGAUGUAGGUGAGAAUGCCAGAGUAAAAUAUUCAUUACUAGAAAGCUCUAAAAGUUCCUCAGUAUCAUCUCUGGUGAACAUAAACUCUGACAGUGGAGAUAUUCACAGCUUACAGUCUUUUAACUAUGAAGAGAUGAAAACGUUUCAGUUUAAAGUUCAGGCCACAGACUCUGGAGUUCCUCCACUGAGCAGCAACGUGAGUGUGAACGUUUUCAUGCUGGAUGAGAAUGACAACAGUCCCGGGAUUCUCGCGCCCUAUUCUGAGCACGGCUCCGUUAACACCGAGAACAUCCCGUAUUCUGCUGAAGCGGGAUACUUUGUGGCCAAGAUCAGGGCUGUAGACGCCGAUUCGGGUUAUAACGCGCUGCUUUCUUAUCACAUCUCUGAACCCAAAGGAAACAACCUGUUCCGGAUCGGAAGCAGCAGCGGGGAGAUCAGGACUAAGAGGAGAAUGAGUGACAAUGACCUGAAAACCCACCCGCUGGUCGUUGUGGUCUCUGAUAGCGGAGAGCCCUCACUGUCAGCCACGGUGUCUGUUGAUGUGGUGGUGGUCGAGAGCACAGGUGACAUCCAGACUCAUUUCAAACACGCUCCGAUGAAGGAGGAGAGCUUCUCGGAUCUCAACCUGUAUCUGCUGAUCGCCACUGUGUCGGUUUCCGUCAUCUUUUUACUGAGCCUCAUCAGUUUAAUAGCAGUAAAAUGCUGCAGGACAGACGGCAGUUUCAGCAGGUACAGCGCCCCAGUGAUCACCACACACCCUGAUGGGAGCUGGUCUUACUCCAAAUCCACUCAGCAGUACGACGUGUGUUUUAGCUCCGACACUCUGAAGAGUGACGUAGUGGUUUUCCCUGCGCCAUUUCCGCCUGCAGAUGCGGAACUGAUCAGUAUUAAUGGAGGAGACACUUUUACCAGAACUCAGACUCUCCCUAAUACAGAGAAGGUAAGAAAUAAAAUAAAGAAUAUUUAG